GUUAGGACUUUAGAGGACCCAUGGCAAGCUAAGCCUGAAAUUGCCUAUUAAGGCACCAAUCCCCCAACUAUAUAAACUUCAACUUCCCCCUCAUUCUUCCACACCAAAUUUGCCAACGAAAGCAAGAAAGAGACAAAAAAAGAAACAUAAGCUCCAAGAAAAUGUCUUCUCUAAUCACAAGUGAGAUCAGAGCCAGCGCAACAGAGUUCUAUGAAGGGAACGACCUCUGCCAAGAGAAAUCCAAGUGCCUCCUCAAAGAUAUGAACUUGCCAAAUGGCUUGCUCCCCAUACAGGACAUGGAAGAGUGUGGCUACGUCAAGCCCACCGGUUUCGUCUGGCUCAAGUCGAAGAAGAAGACCGACCACAAGUUCGAGCAGAUCGGGCGCUCGGUCCAGUACUCGACCGAAGUCACGGCUACCAUUGAACCCGGCAAGAUCAAGAAGCUAACCGGGGUGAAGGCCAAGGAGCUCAUGUUAUGGCUGACUAUCCAUGAGAUUUGCACAGAUGAGCCCGACACCGGGAAGAUCCACUUCAAGAGCACGACCGGGUUAUCGAGGACCUUCCCGAUCUCAGCUUUUGUGGUCGAGGAAAAGGAGGAAGAGCAGAAGAAGGAGAAACUUGCUAAUAAUGGUGAGGUGGAUGUGGCCGUGGCAGUCAAAGAAGUUUAAAUCCAUCAUCUGGUUAUUUACUUGCAGUAUACUACAAUUGUCCAAAAUGGAAGGUUAAAGUUUGAUUUCCACUGUUUUCGUUAUUCAUUUGGCCAUUUGGUCAAGUACUUCAUAUAAAUAACAAACUUUACAUUUCCAAUACUCCGUAUUAUUUAAUGGUCAA